UUUACGCCUAUCCUCAGUUCACAGCUGCAACAAGUGGCAGCAGCGUCUGAGAGUUUGCAAAAGAAAAAAAAAAAAAGAAAACCCUGCUGAACUUUAUUGUGUGUAUUUCAGAUACGCAAUUACAGCGGGACAGUCGACCACCUGUGAGCCAUGGAAGAAGAAGCGCCCCUCGCCGAGCCCAGCAGCAGCAGCGUCUCUGACAGUACCCCCGCCGUCCCCCAAGAGCAGCCAGAAAACCCGGAGCUCCUCAUCCCGAGUUUCAGCCCGUCGUCCGCUCCGUCCUCCCCGACCCCGACUGGUACCCUCUCCAGGCUGGGUUUUAAAAUGCCAACCAGCUCGGGCGCGGUCGCGCCGGGCAGCCCGGUGGACCGAGGCCAGGUGAGCGCCAUAACGGUGGUGGCAUUGCUGGACAAGCUGGUGAACAUGAUGGAGGCGGUGCAGGACAACCAGCAGCGGAUGGAGCAGCGGCAGGCCGACCUGGAGAGCGCGGUGCGGAACGUGCAGGGCGACGUGACCCGCCUGUCCAAGAACCACAUCAGCACCUCCAACAGCGUCAGCAAGCUGCUGGAGCGCUCGCGCAAAACCAGCGGGCACUUAAAGGAAGUGAAGGAGCGCCUGGACAAGCAGGCGGUCCAGGUGAAGAAGCUGGAGGCCAACCACAGCCACCUGCUGAAGAGGAACCACUUCAAAGUGCUCAUCUUCCAGGAAGACAAUGAGAUUCCUACCACUGUGUCAGUCAAGGACUCCCUCAAGACCCCACAACCAAGCCAGUAUGAUGCAGAAUCCACCCGGCCUACUUCAUCUGUUGCAGGUUCUAUUGAUGGUGGGGGUCUCCAGACCGUUAGCCUGUCUUCCGAAGAGGAUGACGAGCUUCCGACACAUCACGAGGAAGAAGAUACGCUGGAGAGUGAGGCUUUAGGGGCCACUUCCCAAGCAUUUGAGAGAAGGGCUGACAAGUUCAAACGUACUAGCCUGAAGAAGGUCGAUAGCCUCAAGAAGGCCUUCUCACGCCAGAGCAUUGAGAAGAAGAUGAACCAGAUCACCACCAAGAUUGUGCCACCAGAGAAACGUGAGAAGAUCAAGAAAAGCCUCACUCCUAACCACCCCAAGAGCCCGACUGCCAAGUCCUCCUCUUUUAAGGUGGCUCCCAUGACCUUCAACGUCAAGAAGGUCAGAGAUGACGAGACCCACUCACAAGACACAGGCAAACCUGGGGAAGGAACCCAUGUAGAGAUUCCUCCUUUGGGAAGCAUGGAUGGUGAGCUCAACCUGGCAGAAGUGCAUACCCAGGAAAGGGUUGUGGAGGAGAUACUCAGCCCUUCCUCCCCAGAAAGCAUCAAGGCAGAGCUCAAUGGAAAGGCACCAAGCACUGAGUGCGAGAUUAAUGGUGAGCAUGUUGCUGGUCUGGCAGUUCCAGAGCAUGAUGAAGAUCUUGGUGUGGAUGAUGAAGAAGAAGAUGAAGAAGAAGAAAGAAAAGAGGAACAGAAAAGCCCCGUUGAGACAGCAGCAGAUGCCCAGAUUACUGCGGCGGGAGUUGCUGUGGAGCAAGUGUCUUAAUAUGAUUUUUAAUUUUGAUCAGAAGUCCUAGUUUCCCAUUUAAUCAUUUCUUUCUGUGAUUACUGAACACACAGCAGGCACGAAUUAUCCUUCCACUGUAAACGGUCUUGUGUUCUUGUCUUUAGCAUCUAUUUACGCUAGAAAAGUUAUCUUGACCUCUUAAGGUAGUCCAUCCCUAAACCGUUCCUACAGCACGACCUUUAAUUAUCACCAGCAGAGUUGAAAACACCUGACAAUGGUCUCCAUUAGCCACUAACCCUUGACAGUCCACCUCAUGACGAGUUCAGAUUGACGCUUCUAGUGCAGCUGCUUCAUGAACCCUGUAGUUGGGUUGUCCAAAUAAGGCAACGUUGUAGAACUUUCUUCAGCUGGUACCUACCACUUCAAUAGGUGCACAUCUCCCGGGCACUGGACCAAAUAUCUCCCUCCUGCUGUGUUUGUCUGCUCCUGGCCCACUCUUCCUCACUGACAGAUAGCCUCUUUUGUUCUUUGUGUUUUUGUGAAAAAUAGUAAAUCUUUGCCAACAGUGGUUCUGCCCACAGCCUGUUGAGGCAGUGUGUUGCCAGGUUGUGCAAUAGUUGGAAUGGGACGUUUCAGCAUUUUUAGUGAAAAGGUCUUGGUGAUUUUAAGUAGUGGACUAGAGACUGUUCACUGAAUUCUUAGGCCUGCGCUGAAUAAGCCCUGAUCUAAACUAACAGGUGACUUCGGUAGUCUGAGUGGCUCUUAUCUUGUCUCCUAUCCUUCACUUCCACUUUUGACAUUGCAUGUUAAUCCCAUAAUGAGAUCCACUUUUGUCAUUCCUGACAAUUUUAUCGAUUACCUACCUGGAACACUGUAUGAAUAACAUAUGACUGCCAUUUGACUUCUAACAAUUAGGUCUUGCAUCGCAUGGAUAUAAACUGUAAUAGAUACAGUUUGAAACAGAACAUGAGAUUUUUAAAAAUUGUGGUUAUUAGGUAGGAUUAUAUUUGAGUUCAGUUGUAUUGCUACAGGAUAGAAGCUGCUCUAAAUGCAGAAGAAAUAUGGUUUUAAUAUUGAGAUACUAAAUGUCUAUUUUGGAGAAAUUAUUGUAUUUUUCUAUGUGAGGCACACUACUUCCAGCUUAAUCAUAAAAUAGUACAUUAAUUAUGUGAUGACUUCCUUCAGUACAUGCAGUAAAUGUUGUCUUUGUUUUUUGUCAUUAUCUGAGACUUGGAUGAUUCUAAAUUGUAUUUCUUGCAGGUGUUCAUAACUUGCAUAGUGAAAUGUUUACUGGGAUUCAUAUGUUUAAGGCACAAUUAUUGUCUUUCAUCACUAAAGCCCAUCUGCCUUGAUGCUGCACAGAUAUUCACCUACAGUGCCUUUACCGUGCACAGGCUGGUAUGAGUAACUGAGUGCCAGUAGGUUUUUUUUUGUGUGUUUUGUUUUUGUAUAUAAGAGUGAUAGUAAAACAUGCCUUAAAUCUUUUUUUUUUUCUGAAAAUUUCCUUAGUUUCAUUUUAAAGGAGAGGCAAACACAUCAACUUUGUGUUUGAAAGUCAUUCCUACAAGUUCCUAUAAAGUGACCCUCCUCUUGUUGCUCUUCCUUUUGAGCUUUUACCAGGCUGCCCAAUGCCAUGACUUCCUAAAAAUAAUUUAGCAAGUCCUACGAAGUGCAGUGGAUCCACUGAGGUCACAGAAGUGGAUAAAGGCAGAAGACAGCAUUCCUAGCUUUGACGGAUGACUCCUUCUCGGCCCAUUUUUCAUGCUCUCGGCCUCCUUAUUGAGAGGGUGCAGAGAGGAAGAGUUUAGGUGGAGCCACAGGUGUUGUGCCUGGUAGAGGCUCCUGGGCAUGAGCUCAUGGAGAGUGAGCUCGAGUUGUUGGAAAGGAUGCUCAAGUUGCCCUUGAUUUAGGUAUAUGUGCAUCUUGGCAGGAAGGUUGUUAGAUUGUAGGAAUCACAUCUGUUGAACUACUGAUUGAAGCAGUUAAUAUGCUUUAAGAUUCAAAAUGUCAAAAUAUACCCCCCCCCCAAAAAAAACAAAAAGGAAGCUAUACAAUAAAAAUAGAUUUAUUGAAAAUGUGGACACAUUGCUGAUUCUAAUAAUGGUGCUUGAGAAUGCCCAAAAGUACUAACUUAAGUUAUAAAAGUUCUUUAGAUGACCUGCUCCUACAUGGAUCUGCUAUUAAAAAAUGCGUCCUGCAUUUGGGUCCAACCCUGCCUGCCACACUUUUAUUCAGUCUGUAUGUUGUUGUGAAAAAAUGUCUUGUUUUAAGUUCAUUUGUGUGAAAUCACUGGGAAUAAUUAACAUGGGAAAUGAACAGCAAUAUAACAAAUCAUAUGUGUACAUAUGGAGAAUUUACUGAUAAUAGCAUAGCCACAUAGACUGCUGUUUACACCUUACUGUCCACCAUUUAAACUGCAAGUAAACAAAUAAAAAUUGUCAUUGUCUAAGGGUAUUCGUGGCUCUGUUUUUGUGCAGUCAUUGUGAAUCUGCCCUGCAGCUUUUUUUUUUUUUUGCGUUUCAGAGCAUUUUUUUUUUUUUUUUUUUAAGUCAAAAGGUUUGUAGGUUGAAGUAAAAGUGAAGAAUUUAUCUUUCACUUAAGCUCAAAGACAAAUCGAAGCCCCUGCAAACACAGCACAUUCAGUACAACAGUAUUUGGCAAAGUGCUUUGUGUUACAGCAACUCUACCAGUUUAUUGAAUAAGAAAUGCAUAAAGCAAUUGGAUAUACAUGCUUUUGAACAACUUAAAUGUACUUAACCUUUUUUUUUUUUUUCUUGAUUUUUCAUUCUUUGUAAAAAAUCACCCAAGUGAAAAUGGAUUGAACAGUAGGUUUACAUGUACUUUCUGUUUGUUCAUCCAAAUGUGUUACUCGAUAUCUUGGUCUAAUGUUUUUAAAAAAAAAAAAAAAAAAGUAUUCCACGUGUAUUUGUUAAGAAGUUUUCUUUUCUUUUCUUUUGAAAUCGUCUUGUUAAAUCUGAAUCAUAUACGAUGACCACAGUUUGCUGAACACCUUGGAAAUUGUCAGGUAGUGAUCUUGUGUUUAACAUCAUCUUUGUUUCUGCUUCUUAGCCUGUUGAGUUAGUUAACCACUUAAACCAAAGACGUUUCCUUCAUGUCAGAAGAUUACUCACCACUUGAGUGCUUAAAUGUGCUCCCCUCACACAUCUUGUAAACAUGCUGACCUUUCCUUUGCAGACUUUAGUAUUGUAUAUGCCAAUAAACGUUUUAUUACACUGAAA